AUGGAUGUCGCGUAUUACUUCACAUUCCAAAAUGCAAACGGCGUUCCCGCUCUCAACGCAAACGAAAAGCGUGGCCCUACGGAUAUGACACCCGCGUUGCCGCUCUGGAAGGGUGCAAACGCAAUGCUGUUCAAUAAGACGGACACCGGCGCACCCGAGAUGCGGGUCCUCGAAACGCCAACUCCAUUGCUGCAGCAAUGCGCCCAUUCCCACGCUUAG